CGCCUAAAGCCUCCUAAACUGCGUAGGCCUAGAGGCUUCACCCUAAUUGGAUCGCCUGGUCUCUGCCUAACGCCUUGGCGGCUGUCUAGACUGUCAAAAUCCUACGUGGCAGCCAGGUAGUGGAGAACGCAGUAAACGACUUCCUAUUACAACAACGUUAACGUUGCCAGCUGUCACCAAACUAUUUAUCUAUGAAAGUAAGCCUGCGAACUUGAAUCAGCGGGCGCAAAGCAUAUUCGAAAGCCAAAAUAAUCGGUACAUCAGAUAUUCCGCGACAGCAAUAAUUGUCUGCAUCCCGUUGUAUUGUAACACGACCCACAUCAUAGAUAUUCGACUUAUUGACGUUUACCUAUCAACGGCCUUUUUCAGUAGCGAAUAGAAAACCGACACUUGUCUGUGCUAGAAUAGGACUGACCGCACUGGAGUCGCAACUGCCGUCUUAAGCGACGACGACGCAAAACCCUAAUCUUUCUUAAAACGCACCGUUGCCGCGAAGCGAUCCAAACGACGUCGCCUCAGACAUUCUUCUCCACCUUCCUGCGUUCAAAUUAGGCACAGAGAGCAGACGAGAGUAAGAAGAGGCUCCACAGCAGAAGCACAGAACUGCGUCGGGGUUCCUGCAAUUUCUAGUCUUUAGGGUUUCACAGCGUUCAAUUUCUCUCAGGCUUUGGUAGUUGGGGGUGAGGUUUCUUCGUGGCGAAGUUUGGGGAUUCUAGGGCAACCCAGAAAUGCAGACGGAGGCGAGAGUUGGGGUGGUGGUGGAAGGAGGGCAGAGAGCUCUGAAUACCGGCCAUGGAGGCGUGGCUGUUGAAGGUGGCGUUAGGACGCUCUCGCAGUCGCUGCCGCAGAAACAGCCGAAGCCGCUGCACCAACAGUCUCAGAUCGGUGCGGUGUCACAGCUUCUCGCCGGAGGUGUCGCCGGCUCUCUCAGUAAGACUUGCACGGCACCUCUCGCUCGCCUCACUAUUCUCUUUCAGGUGCAAGGUAUGCACUCGGAUGUUGCAACGAUGCGAAAAGCUAGCAUAUGGCGUGAGGCCUCCAGAAUUGCUAGUGAAGAAGGUUUUAGAGCUUUCUGGAAAGGAAAUUUGGUGACAAUUGCUCAUCGUCUUCCUUAUUCUUCGGUCAAUUUCUAUUCAUACGAGCAAUAUAAAAAGUUGUUACAAAAAGUUCCAGGACUGGAAAAUCAUAGGGACAACUUGAGUACAGACCUUUGCGUGCAUUUUGUGGGUGGAGGAUCGGCGGGAAUAACAGCUGCAUCAGUUACAUAUCCUUUGGAUCUUGUAAGGACGCGCCUUGCAGCUCAGACAAAUGUGAUGUACUACAAAGGAAUUUGGCAUACGCUGCGAACUAUUACCCGGGAUGAGGGUAUUUUGGGUCUCUAUAAGGGACUCGGAGCAACCCUCUUGGGUGUUGGGCCCAAUAUAGCUAUCAGUUUUUCAGUGUAUGAGACCUUGAGAGCUUCUUGGCAGUCACAUAGGCCCGAGGAUUCUACUAUGUUGGUUAGUCUUGCUUGUGGGAGCCUUUCAGGAAUUGCAUCAUCAACAGCAACCUUUCCAUUGGAUCUUGUGAGGCGGCGGAAGCAGCUGGAAGGCGCUGGUGGCCGAGCCCGGGUCUACACAACGGGCCUUUUUGGCACAUUUAAGCACAUCUUCAAAACAGAAGGGUUGCGUGGCUUCUAUAGGGGUAUCCUACCAGAAUACUACAAGGUGGUACCUGGUGUCGGUAUCUGUUUCAUGACGUACGAGACGUUGAAGGUGCUUUUAGCGGACGUCAGUGCUGCUAUAUAGUUGACUACAUACUCAUCUUUCCGUAAGCGAUACUGUAUGAGGGGCGUGAACGACGCUAUUAUAACAAAAUCUCAUGGUGGUUAGUUUUGCGAUGCUGCCGCGAGGAACAGAUUUUUCCAUGUAUAGAUUGACGAUCCUAUAUCUCUCACAUUUAGAAUUUGUAUGCGAAGCAACACUCUUGCAGUUACCAGAAAUAUUCAAUCCUAUCCCAAAAAUCUUCAAUUUAUGGGACGUUUCCUGCA